AGGCAUAAUCGUGAGAAUCAGAGUGCAUCUUGAGUCCUGAGAACAUGGUCAAUGGCCAGGAAGCUGGCGGUCAACAGCAGGGCGACGAUCUGUUUGAGUUCUUGUCAGGCUAUGCAAAGGAGCUCGAAGACGAGGCUGGUCAAGCUGAUCCCGAGCUGCGCGAGAAGAUCGCGCUGCUGCAGCGAACGAUCAACAGCAGAGACUCUGUGGUGCGGGAGACCGUGCAGCGAGUCGAGAACGGUGGGAUAUCGGAGGUCCUGAAGCAGCUCAACAGUAUGGAGGAGGCCGUGGCUUCGAUAGAGCACGACAUUCAGGAUGAUCGCGUCCUCGGAUUCCUUGCCGAAGCUCGUCCCAUGUUGCAAGGAGUUCUCAGUCUGGACGGGAGCACGUAUCAAGUGCACGAGGGGGAGGAGCAGAACAAGACUAUCCCGGAGGGGGAGGUUGACAACGGAGAACAAGCUGCCGACGAGCAGGGCGACACAAAGGCGGAUCUGCGCAAUCUGAAACUCAACUAGUGUGAAGAGCAAGAAACUGUGGUGACUAUUUGCAUGGCAAUGCAGCAAGACAGAAAGUAAAAGUAAUGUGGGAGGUUGAAGAACGAAGGGGCAAAAAAAAGAGCAGCUGCCGACCCAUAUCAUGUGAGGAAGUGGGGAUAGUUCGAAACUUAGUUCGAGCACAUCUAUUAAGAAAUGCCACGAUAUUUGUGA